AUGAUACGUGGUAACAAAUCUGGCUGGAGUUCACAUACGGGGUUGGUAGCUCUUGGAUUGUGUGCUGAUGGAAAUUUAUUGAUACUAGUCACAGGCAACUGGAUGCCACAGCAGCAGCAGCAGCAGCAGCAGCGCAACCAGCAGCAGCAGCAGCAGCAGCAACCAGCAGCAGCAGCGGUCCCCGCCAGCAACCAGCAGCAGCGGUCCCCGCCAGCAACCAGCAGCAGCGGUCCCCGCCAGCAACCAGCAGCAGCGGUCCCCGCCAGCAACCAGCAGCAGCGGUCCCCGCCAGCAACCAGCAGCAGCGGUCCCCGCCAGCAACCAGCAGCAGCGGUCCCCGCCAGCAACCAGCAGCAGCGGUCCCCGCCAGCAGCCAGCAGCGGUCCCCGCCAGCAGCCAGCAGCGUCCUCCUCCUCCUCCUCCUCCUCCUCCUCCUCCUCCUCCUCCUCCUCCUCCUCCUCCUCCUCCUCCUCC